AUGAGAAUGAUGAAAGUUCAUGCGAAAGAAAUUGCAACAGUAACACCGCCACAUGACGAUCAUGCUGGAUCUGAUCGAACUGAAUUACGCACUAUUUUUGAUAAAUAUGCACAUCAUAUUUAUCAGAACGAAAAUUAUAUGACACCGCAUGAAUUUUUACAAGAUUAUUUAUGUUAUUUAAAGGGUGAUAAUAUUGAAACAAAAACUUUAGAUAUUCUUUCAUCAUUAGUUGAUUUAAACAAAGAUCAAAAGAUAACAUUUACAGAAUUUCAACAAUUUGAAUCAUUACUAUUGGCCUCUGAUUCUCUUUAUCGUCUUGCUUUUCAACUGUUUGACAAAACUGGACAAGGUUUAAUUACAUUUGAAUCAUUUCAAGAUAUUAUUACAUCAACGGCUUUUUAUAAAAAAUUUCCGUUCAAUUUUGAUAGUGAAUUUAUCACAUUACAUUUUGGUGCUAAACGACAACGACAAAUUAAUUAUAAAGAUUUUACACAAAUUCUAUUAGAUUUUAUUGAUGAACAAACAAUUCAAGCGUUUAAAACUAUGGAUAAAUCGAAUCAGGGCUAUAUUACAUUGAAAAAUUUUGAUUAUAUUUUAAAAGAAUUACGUCAAUAUCAAUUAACCGAUUUUAUUACUGAACAUUUAUAUGACAUUGUUAAAAUAACAAAUUAUAAUUUAGACAAUAGUACUCAUAUUACAUUUCCCUAUUUUAUGGCAUUUUUACAAUUAUUAAAUAAUUUAGAAUUAAUGAAAAAAAUUUAUUUACAAGCAUGUCUUAAACAUUCGGCACAUUUUAAACAACAAAUAGCUAUUUCAAAACAAGAAUUUUUAAAUGAAGCACAACAUUUUCCACGAACAACACCGUUACAAUGUGAUAUUUUAUUUUCUAUUAUUCAAUUAUUAUAUCAACAAGGUGUUGGAGAUUUAAAAAAAGAUAAAGUUGAAAUAACAUUAAAAGAUUUUGAUUUAAUUAGUCAAAAUGAACGUCAAAUGCCGUAUCGAAUUAAGACACAAAUUAUUGAUGAACAAUAUCAAAUUGAACGACAAGGCAUUGGAAUGAAAGUAUUAGAAUCGGGAUAUCGAUUUGCAUUAGGUUCGAUUGCCGGUGCUGUGGGUGCAACAGCCGUCUAUCCCAUUGAUUUAGUUAAAACUCGUAUGCAAAAUCAACGUUCAGGAAGUAUUGUAGGCGAAAGAAUGUAUCGUAGUUCAUUAGAUUGUUUUAAAAAGGUUGUAAGACAUGAAGGAGUGUUUGGGUUAUAUCGAGGAUUGGUACCACAACUUGUUGGAGUUGCACCAGAAAAAGCCAUAAAACUAACAAUGAAUGAUUUUAUUCGUGAUCGUUUAACAGAAAAAGAUGGUACAAUACCAGUAUGGUGUGAAGUUGUUGCUGGUGGAUGUGCUGGGGCGUCACAAGUAACAUUCACAAAUCCAUUAGAAAUUGUUAAGAUUCGUUUGCAAGUAGCGGGUGAAAUUCAGACUGCUCCUCGUCCAUCGGCCAUUCAAGUUGUUCGUGAAUUGGGCUUUUUGGGUUUAUAUAAAGGUGCUAAAGCAUGUUUUCUACGUGAUAUACCAUUUUCAGCCAUUUAUUUUCCUGUCUAUGCGCAUACAAAAAAAAGCAUGGCUAAUGAACAUGGUUACAAUGAUCCAAAAUCAUUAUUUUUAUCCGGACUCUUAGCUGGUAUUCCAGCUGCCGGUCUAUGCACGCCAGCUGAUGUUAUCAAAACACGUUUACAAGUUGUGGCACGAAAAGGUCAAACAGCAUAUUUGGGUGUGACAGAUGCAGCCAUUAAGAUCUUUCGAGAAGAAGGCUGGACGGCAUUUUGGAAAGGUAGACGUUAUUGCUCUGGUGCACGAAUGUUUCGAUCAUCACCUCAAUUUGGUUUUACAUUGUUAACCUAUGAACUAUUACAACGAUUUUUGAAUGUGGAUUUUCAUGGACGGAAACCCCAAGGUUCACAAACGGCUGGAGCUGGAAGAGAUAAACAACAAACAAUGUCACGUACAAUAUUAUCAUCAACAAAUCCUGAUCACGUUGGUGGAUUUCAUUUAGCCUUAGCCACUUUUGAAGGUAUUGAAGCACGAUUUGGUCUCGCUUUUCCAAAAUAUAAAACUUCUUCAAUGAAUGAACCAGCGCAUUCUACACAAACACCACAAUUAACAAGUCUAUUAGGAAUAUCAACCACAACCAGGCCAGCAACAUUGUUGCCAAAACAUAAUCAAUAA